ACGUCGAUUAUCGGGACGACAGGAAGAACAUCAAGAUCAAGGACCGACGCCGUUUAUUAGCACUUUCCCCGCGCGGCGACGCAAUGAGGCUGACAGGCCAAUGAUCCUCGUCAUCUACGAAAUCCGCCCGUCGCCCCUUCUGUCAAGGACCAGCGCCCAAGUCGCAAUGUACCAUCCCUCAACGUUCAAUCUCAAGUCGCCGCGGUAACUGGCAAUGUAUCAAGCUAGUCGACAGGCGGUAGCGCUACAUAGGGCAGAGUACCCAAUGGGAUCUUGGCGGCGGUUGACGUCUGCAUGGGAAAUUCAAGGACCACUAUCGGAGGUGUAUAGCCAUGCGAUCCGCUGCUCAUACUACAAGUUCCAGGCGACUCCGGUGCGCUUUUGCACGGCAGCUCGUAGGCUGACGUUGUUCUCCCCAGCUUUACCUUCGGGCGCGCUCCCCACGCUUGGGCAUCCCGGUGCUUCAGCAGACAGUCGCUUCGGUGGAUUGUCUUGCAUUCCCUUCUGCGGCUUGACCACACCAGCGCCUCGGCGUCGGUGGAUGAUUUUUUCCUUCCCAUUCCCUUUUGGAGAUGCUUACCUACAUAUUCUGUUUCUGAAUUGGCUGCCGCGUCUGUGCAUUUUGAGGAGAGGAUGAAGGCAUGGGGUGGGAUUCAGCUUAUGUACUGCGUGCUUUGUGGCAUGGGAGGGCCAAUACACGGUGCCUUUGCGGGU